GAUAUAUUCAUAACAUCAAGGUACCAGAUCUCAGUAACUGAAUUUUGACAAAAGAUGACUACACCAGUUCCAGUUUGCGUUGAAGCAGUUUUGGAAAGCCAAAUACAAGAAGUUAGAGUAGAAGGCGAUGGACAAGAUAUACAAGAAGUUUAUGCCCCACAAUUGUCUAUGUCAGAGAAUUUGGCCAAGUUAGCCAACAAAAUAGACUUUUAUAAAGAUGAAUGUGAAGAAAAGGGAAAACCCACAUCAGAAGGAGAAAAAGAAUCUGAAGAAGAAAAAGCCACAACAUUUCAGCCAUCAUUAUGGCCAUGGGAUUCAGUUAGAAAUAAACUCAAGGCUUCCCUGACAGAGAUGAGUGUCCUGCUAGAUGUUUUAAACAUUGCCAAGAGAAAGAAUUAUAUGGUGUUAGAUCAAGUAUCUCAACCAGCCCCAGAUCCAAAGACUGCUUUACAAUUAGCCUCUAAAAAACAAGCACUAACUACAUCAGCAAGUAUUUUAAUGAAUAGUGCUGAAAGAUUAAAAAAAUCACAAGCAGAGGGCACAUCUAAGCAUAAUGAUUUUCAUAUUGAGCUGCUUAAACUAAGACAAAACUGGAGACUUAAAAAAGUUGGAAAUACAAUUCUAGGAGAUUUAAGUUAUAAAACAGCUGGUUCAAGGUUCUGGCAGGGAGGAACCUUUGAAGUUUUAAAAACCACCACUAGUACAUCUACAGAAACUGAAGGAUCUGCAACUAAAGGAGGUUUAGAGGUUGUUAUUCCUAAUGAUCUGAGGGGUGUGGCAUACAUACAGGUGGAAGUCAAAUCUGUACCAGAGAAAAUGGAUUUAACCAGUGCCAUAAUGAGAUUACCAUCAGAACUUGGUACAGUACACACAGGAACCUAUUGGCAACAAAAACUACAGGCAGCACAGAAUGUUCUCUUUUGUAAAGAAAUAUUUUCUCAGUUAGCAAGAGAAGCAGUUCAAACAAACUCAUCAGUACCACAUCUUGUAGUAGGAAACCAAAUUAUCACAAAUGUGUUUCCAGGAAUACAGUUGUCAAUAAUACUCUGUCACUCCACAGGGAAAGAUAAAAACAAAAGGCCACCUCCAGCUCCACCUAAACUUGACCAUAAUCACGUGUUAGAACAUUCCCUUCAUCAACUGCUGAGAGAAUUACAUUAUAAAAACAUUCAUUAUCCACCUCCACAUCCAGUCACAGCAAUGAUUGGUGUUAGCAAGAAACGGAGAAUGGCAGGGCCUUUGUCCAUGAGUCGACAAGAUCUUCUGGAAAUGGCCGACAAUGAGUCUUUGCUUGAACAAGUUAUCAAACAAACCAAACAUCAUGUUUUAAGACAAAAAACAAUGGGAGUAUUAGAUAGAUAUGCUGUAACUUUGUCAGAUCCACAGUUGGCUAACCACUGGAAUUGUGUCAACUCCAGUCUCGAAUCUAGUUGUAGGGUACUCAUCACUUCACAGGGCUAUGAUCUCAGAAUAUGGCACAGUUUUAUGGUACAUAUUUAUGUAGAUAAAAUCAAAGUAAUAACAAGAGAGGGACGAGUAUUAAUUCUGUCUUAUGAAGAAAAAGAAUUGGAAGACUUUAUUUUGUGGCAAAUAUCACAGCAUCAGAUAAGUGUAUCACAAAAUUUGUCACGUCUAAUGGGAUGGCACAUGUUAAAUACUACUGGUGCUCUUGGUGUGUCAGACUUAGAAUCUUCAGCAACAGCAUCAGCACUGGUCAUGGCUUCACCUAAUCAUAACAAGGCUCUAGCAAUUAAAAGUGGUCCUUCAACUGGAACCAAGGUUUUCAUACAGUCUUGUCCUAAAGAAAAUAAAUCCAGGAUUGUGACAAAAGAUGAAAAAUGGUCAUUUGUUGGAUGUGAAUUUCAGGAAGUUGACAUGAAUAAAUUUGAGGGUCGUAAUUUUCCUUCAAAACUAGAAACUUUAAUGGCAGUUUUGACAAGGACAGCUACAUGAUAUUUUUUUUACAUAAAAGACUUUCUUGUAAAUAAAUUUAAAAUUCAAA